GUGACGUGGAAACUAGCAACGCCUGACAUGCCUGACACAAACUUUCGGAUUAUGGCAUUCUCUGGCUGAUUUAUCCCUAUUUUUGUUUAAAGAGUGAGCGCAAACUGCCAAUAUGAAUAAUUGUGACAUAAUAGUGAGCAAUUACUCUUGUAGCCAUCUGGGGACUUUCUUGCCCUUGAUCAAUGAAUACACGUGGGCCAAGGAGGUGCGUGCCGCUCUCUAUCUACUUGGAUUACUAUGGUGCUUCUUCGGUGUGGCGAUAGUCGCUGACGUCUUCAUGUGUGCCAUUGAAAAAAUCACGAGUAAGACAACGACACUUAAAAUGGCAUCGCCAGAAUCUUCGUCAGGAUUUGAGGAAAUCGAGAUUAAAGUAUGGAAUAACACUGUAGCAAAUUUAACACUGAUGGCACUAGGAUCAAGUGCGCCGGAAAUCUUGAUGUCCAUAUUUGAAGUCAUCAUGAAUGACUUCAAAGCGGGCGAUUUAGGACCGGGUACAAUUGUCGGUUCUGCUGCAUUUAACUUGUUGGUUAUAGUCGGGGUGUGUAUAAUCAGUAUACCAUCGCCAGAAAUCCGCAGUAUCAAACAAAUCAAAGUAUUCGGAGUCACCGCAUUCUUCUCUGUUUUUGCGUACGUUUGGUUGAUCAUCGUCUUGUUAGUCAGUUCUCCUGAUUACGUCGAACUCUGGGAGGCUAUCGUAACACUACUGUUCUUCCCAGUUCUGGUCAUAAUUGCGUACAUGGUUGACAAGGACUACUGCGCCAAGAAGAAAGACGAGGAAGGCAGCAUGAUGAUGACAGAAAAGAGACAUUCCAACGAGGGAUUGCAAUCAAUCUCUUCAGGAAAGGUUGCACCCAUGAAUGGGCCCACGGAUGAUCUAGUCAUAGGGGCUGAUCAAAAUUAUGCCGGUGCAAGUGGCACUAUUGGUCUGUCCGGUGGUAAGGUCGAUGCCGAUACCAUCAGAUUGAUCCUGAAGAGCAUCGGAAAACAUCCGGACCUCUCUGAAGAAGAUGCAGCCAAACUUGCAGCAGCCAUCGCGAGUGAGCAUGAGUCCCACAGCCGCCUCUGGUACAGGAUUCAAGCCACGAGGAGCAUCACUGGCUCGAAUAAGCUCACACCAGCAUUGAACGAAUUAUUGACAGAGCUAUACGAGAAAGCAAAGGAACGACAAGACACGGCAGCAUCACGUGUCUCCAUGGCUUCUAUGUCCUCGAUGGAGGUCGACGACCUUAGCCACGGCGGCGUCCGCUCAGUCAUUGAGUUUGCUGCCACGUCGGUGGCAGUAAUGGAGAAAGAUGGCCACGUUAGGCUUACAAUCCACAGAUAUGGACGCACAAAUAACCGAGUUAUAGUCAAAUUUGAGACGAUUGAUGGCACAGCAGAAUCUAACUCUGAUUACGUCCCGAAAAAGGAACUGCUUGUUUUUGAGAAAGAAGAGGUCGAGAAGAAAAUAGACAUUGAGAUCAUUGAUGACAAUGAAUGGGAACCCGAUGAGAUGUUCUUUGCCAAGAUCGCUGUCGAUACAACCUCGGCAGACAGCAAUAAUAUGGUGAUUGGCCGACGAUCUGUGUGUCAGGUGACCAUUAUUGACGAUGACAAACCUGGCAUCCUUGAGUUCACCAAACCAAGUUACCUGUUCAAAGAGAGCUCUGGGAAGGCGUUGAUCCCUAUUCAGAGAACGAUGGGCGCCGAUGGGCGAAUCGCGGUCAAAUGGGCGACAGAGGACAUGACGGCCCUGAACGGGCGCGACUUCAUCGGGGGUGAAGGGGAGAUAGUGUUUGAGCAUGGGGAGGUCACCAAGAUGUUGGAGAUACCAAUUAAUGAUGACCAGGAAGCAGAAAAAGAUGAGAACUUCAGGAUCAUUUUAUCUGAGCCAACAAAGGGUGCUGAGUUGGGUCGGCUGAAGAGGACGGUGGUGACAAUUGUGAAUGAUGACGAAUUCAAUGGUAUUGUUAGUCGGCUUGUCAACACAACCAACAUGAACCUGGACGCGAUGAAGGUGGACCACACCACAUGGGUAGAGCAGUUUCAGAAUGCAAUGAAUGUGAACGGAGGUGACAUCGAGACGGCAUCGGGACUUGACUAUUUCUUGCACUUUGUGACAUUUGCGUGGAAGAUUAUCUUUGCCUUAAUCCCUCCGCCUUCCAUCUGGGGUGGCUGGCUCUGUUUCUUCAUCUCCCUCAUCUUCAUCGGUAUUCUCACCAUCCUCAUCGGCGACUUGGCCAGAAUCUUUGGUUGUCUCGUCGGGCUUGAGGACGCCGUCACAGCCAUAACGUUUGUCGCGAUGGGUACAAGCCUUCCAGAUCUAUUCGCCAGUAAAAAUGCUGCAACUCAGGAAAAAUAUGCUGACAACUCGAUAGGGAACGUCACCGGAAGUAACUCGGUGAAUGUGUUCCUUGGUUUGGGUAUCCCUUGGGUUAUCGCUGCUGCUUACUGGACUGCUCAGGGCAAGACCUUCUACGUGCCGGCAGGUUCCGUUGCCUUCACCGUAGUCCUCUACACCAUCUGCAGUCUUCUGUGUAUCGGCCUCAUACUGCUCCGGCGCUAUCUUACAGUGUUUGGAAAGGGAGAACUCGGAGGAAACAAUGUUAUGAAAUGGGUGUCUUUUGCCUUUCUAGUCACACUGUGGGUCCUGUAUGUCUUACUUUCUGCCUUUAACUCAUAUAAAAUCAUCAAUGUCAAUUUAUAAGUGUUUUUUUCAUUGUAGAUGAAGAUGACAUACACUUUGAGCGUUUAACUGGAAACUCAUUUAGAAUAAUGGCCUGGUCAUGCUUUAACUCGCAAGGUACAUGUAUCAUCGAUGUAACUUUCUAUUUGUCAACCACUUUGCUACGUGACGUUCCAUGGCGUGCCAUGGUUCGCUACAGCUUUGUAAGGCGUCAUUUGUGGCAAUGAUGUAACGUAAUGCAUUUUGUAAAGUAUCAUAGCACAUUGCAUCAUGAAGUCAUCGGACCAAUAUUUCGGUCCAUUUUUAAGCAUGGAUUAUGUUAAGUUACACAUGUUAUUAUAACAAAAAUAAAGAAUUUGCAAAAAUGUAUGUGUCUCAAUCAUACAUUUCAUUAGUAUGGAAAUACAUUAUUUGUCUUGAUGAAAAUACAAUAAUUGCAUUUUUACGGAAUUUUCUACAGAAUACAUGUGUUACCAAGAACUUUUAGUCAUUAUUAAGUUUUGAUAUUACCUAUUUAUUUAUUAUUUGCAUGACAUUGUAUUAACUGUAUAGUCACCAUUGUUUAUUCAGUCCUUGCAUACUGUAAAAUGCCAUAUUUUCGUGGGCGACGCGAAUUUUGUGAAUAACCUAAAUUUGCAACAACAACAACAACAACAAUUCAAUCGAAAAAGCGAAAGAAAUUUCAUGAUCUGCCAAAUCAAAGUAAAGAUCAUGAAUUUUGUUUACGGUGACAAAAAUAUACUGAUUGAGAAAUUAUGGUGGUUUACAGUAACUGCUCACAAUUUUUUUUGUUGAAUGUUUUGUAUCCUGUGAUAAUCAUCAAAUAGCCUGCUUGGUUUUUCUUAUUCAAAGUUUAAGAGCUAAAUGACCAUCUACAGUAGAACCUCUCUAUUAGAGACACCCUUUGGACUGACAAAUAUCAUCCUUAAUUGAGUGGUGUCCAGAUUACAGAGGUCAAAUUCAAUAGAAGUGACCAAUUUUUGGACCAGAUAUGUCCUUAAUAGAGAGAGUCCCUAAUAAAGAGGUGUCCACUUAAGAAGGUUGUGAUGUAUAUGUUAACAGCCUUGAUUCUGUUACAUUUUGUCAGACUUAAGUGUGGUUCUAUUUUCUUUUUAUAUCAGUUAUUUUUAACAGUGUGAUGCUACACACGUAAGUUACAAUUUAGUUGUGUUUUUUUUAGUAAUCGGUGAUAAAACAGUGUUCUCAAGUGGAAAACUGAUAAAUUUAUUUUAUCUUAAAAUGAAGCUGGAAGCUGGGUUUUCCUCUAUUUAUCUACUGCUGUAUUUAACUAUGCACAAAAUGAAUUAUUUUUAUAAAAAUUCAGAGGGAACUGUCAAACUACUCAAGUUUUACCACGCUAAGACUGUUUCUGAGUAUUAGAGAAAAACUGGGAUUAUUCAAAAUGUUGAAUUAGGAUAGACAAUGGAUUUGUGACUCCAACAUGGCCGAUUGUUUUGACAUCAUGUUCGAGAUUCGGCCUUUGUAUCGAUUUUAUAUAACCUAUGGAAGCGCUCUUAACUCAUUUUGGAUGCAAUACUGUAAGUGUAAACCAUGAUUUUUUUGCAAGCGCUGUAUUUCCACGAAAUUUCAGAGUAUGCUUUAUCAAUCAAGGUUCAUAGACUUCAUUUAAAACAGUGCUAAAAAGAUCAAUUGGGUGACUUUGCUAAAUUCUGAUAAAGCGAUUGCUCGGUGAUAAGAUGGACCUGGAUUACAGGUUGUGAGAUGUGCACAUUGUAAAGGCACUCUAGACCUAUGUCUGGUCUCUGUACUGCAGUCACCUGCACAUUCAAAGAGACAUUUCAACUUAAUCAAUUGAAAAUAUAAAUGUAAGAUAGUAAUGGGGGUACUGAGCCUAUGUCCCUUUAGUCUUCUCCUUUUGUGGCGCAAUCUACAUGGAAGCUUAUAGGAUGAAUCACUUUUAGCCUUGGUGUGGGUCGAUAUUGUUAUUAGCGUACAGUGUUUGAUCAGCCAUGGCAUAAACAUAAUGAGUCCAUCUAAUUGUGUAAUGGCCUGAAGUACAUUUCCUUGCCGACAAUAUCCGUUUUGCAGCCAAUAUUUACCAAGUUACUGGUCUUAAAAGGGAACUAUAGGUACAGCAUAGAGGGUCAAAUUGGUGCUCUCUAGGUGACUGCGUUACGCUUGGUCAUUUUAGGCAAGGUGAAAGUACUGAUAGGCACAGGCCGAGCAUCCAAUCGAAGACCUUCCGAUCACAUCGCGGAAGCUGUUCCAUGCUCUCCAAUGUACUUCCUGAUGUACUGUAAGAUACAGGAGACACCUCUUGGCACCUUUGACUUACUCUGGACAGCCUUAUUCCUGCCUUUAGUCUCCCUUUAAAAUGUUAGAAUCACUUUGCAUGUAUGAAUAUUGUAAUAUUUUAGCAUAAAAAAGGGCGAUGAAUUUAAGUUGGACUGUUUUUACACAAAUCCGUUUGAGGUUUGUGCCGCAGCUUUAUCUGUAAUUGCAUGAUUGCAUGAUUGUACAUUUCAAUAAUAAGUAAGUGAUUUUUACAGUAAUAAUUAUUGCAUGCCAGACAAUUUUCUAUAUCAUGCAUGCGUUUAUGCAUGAGCAAUUUCAAGUUUGUAGUUACAGGGAAAAAUCUUCGUCAUUUGACAAAUUAGCAUUGUUUUUAGAUCCCAAGACCAUCCACCAUCGUGUGUCUCUUCUAGCUACCCAAGAAAACUUCUUCUUUUUGUGGUAAAAGAUAUACCAAUGUACCUUUGUAUGAACAAUUUGUACAACUGUUAUGUUGAAAGUAAAAUACUUAAAAAUCAAUUGCUGAUAAAAGCUGUGAUUAGUAAACAUUAAGAGGACCCACAGAAGCCAAACACGCUAUUCAUGAGAGACCCAUUUGUAUGGUUUUGCUAAGGCGCUGCCAUCUAACCUAGAAACGUUGUUGGCAUGGCCCUACCCUCCUGCAUCGUCUCGUGAUUUAUUGUAUGAUACACCUUAUUUGUUGUCAGAACUUCAGGAUAUAUUCAGCUAAGGGACACUUUAUAUGCAUAGAUCUAUGUCCCUAUUGAUCAGAAGGUGACAUCUCAAAAUAUAGCUUGAUGGGCAUGACAGUCAAAGAGUUAAAGGUCUUGUGAUUCUCCAAAGUCACAAUGUUCUUUUCUAAAAUAGUUUCUUUACCAAAUACAGUGAAUGUUACUUUAUAUUUGUAUCCAUACAAUGUAACAUAAUCUUGGAAUAAACAUUUGGUAGUCAGAUGAACAAA